UUGGUUGAUGCCUACACUUGAAUCUUAGGCCAUUUAAUGCGAGUCCCAGCAUCAUGUUAUUCCUUUUAUUUCUUUGCUCUUUCACAUUUCCGGUAAAUUUCUACGUCUUUUUGUCUAUUGGUCUCUUAGGAAUGAAACUAGAAAUGCCUCGGUAUAUGGAACUUUAUUUUCGUAUUUUCUUUUUUUUUAUGACCGCUUUUUUAAGGAAGUGGAACUAGAAACGUCUUGAUAGGGCCACUCUUUUUUUAGGAAGUAAGAAUAGGACUAGAAAGGCUAGAAUCUAACGCAUUGAUUGCAAAAAUCAUUAUUUAAAUUUGCAGUAAUAGCAUUAAUGAUUUUAAAAGAUAAUAAAUUACAGUAUUUUAUAAUUAUUUUUUAUUCGCUUUUUUAACAUCAUAUUUGGCAUCU